GUUUUCCUUCCGAGUUCACCUACCCUUACUUCCGUGUUGUUCACCAGCUACAGCUAGUAGAUUACAACAUAAGGCCUGUGUUGUUUCCAUUAUAUUUUUAACUCAGUUGGUAAACGACAGUUUUGACAUUAAUGUAAGCGCCGUGAACUCUACUGCAGCUCAGUAACCAGAUUUGGAGAUCACACCCAGUGCAGACUGGAUGGGCAGGCUGGUAACAUUUAAAGUCAGCUGUUAACAUCCUUGUGGCCUGCACUUGUAGCGCAAUGGCCAGUAACUUCCGCAGCUACAUAUGGGACCCGGUCCUCAUCGUGUGUCAGAUUGUACUGAUGCAGUGCAUCUACUACAGCUUCUUGGGUCUGUGGUUGGCUGGAGUUGACAGUCUGGUGCACACCAGUCGGUCAUUGGACCAGAUCUUCAACUAUGAAACCCUUGGCUUUGCAACAAUGCAAGGGAGGCUGUCAAUGAUGGCGUUCAUCUUGAACUCUCUCACCUGCGCCCUUGGUCUGUGGUUCUUCGUCCGGCGAGGAAAACAGUGCCUAGACUUCACAGUCACUGUGCAUUUCUUCCACAUGAUCGGCUGCUGGAUCUAUAACGCACACCUUCCAGCCGCUCUGUCCUGGUGGCUCGUCAACGUGGCCUGCAUGGCAUUGAUGGCUGUAAUCGGAGAGUACCUGUGCAUGCGAACUGAGCUCAGGGCCAUUCCAGUCAACAGUGGACCCAAGUCUAACCUGUGAAUUGUUGUGGACGCCACAAUGAAAACCUGUGGAUGUUUGAACCUCUUGGAACUUUUGCAGAGGAGGCUUUUCCACUGUUGGUAAAAGUAAAGGAACGUGAAUCCUUCGUCGUAUAUAUGCAUCUCCUCUUAAACGGAUGCAUCAGAUGAACUGAUCUAUUUAUUCUUAUGGAAUGCUAAUGAAAGCAGACUUGGGUUCAAACAUAUUUCCCUGAAACUAACAACUACAGUUCUCUGGUAAUUCUUUUGUCCAGAAUUAAGUACAUUUGCAUAAAUGCCCCAUUCCCACAUUUUAAAACUUGAGAAAGACUUGAAUUCUUUUUUUCACACAAAACAGAAAGUUUAACAAAUAACAAAACCUGUAAUUCCUCUCGCUUCAUUGUGUUGGCAAGCAAACAUCUCAUCUUGACCAUCACGUUAGAAGAUUUUAAGUUUGUUACACCAUUGUGCAAAGUUACAGAUCACUGUACUGAUCGAUGAUGACGGAGAAAUUCAAAGACAUUAUUUUAAACUAUCCACCUUAAAAGUGAUAUUAUUUUCUUUGGGGUUUUUAACUAUAACCAAACACAAAGCUGCCCGCAGCUUAUUCUCGUGAUCACAUUUUAACAAAGUUCACAGCAGGUGGUGGUUUGCUCAAAGUCUGACGCUGCAAAACCAAACCAUUUCCUAUGCUACUGAGGCGACUCAGCCUUUUUUUUGGAACAAACUCCUUGCUGCUUGCUGCUUGUGGGCUGCGGUGCUGCACCACUACAAACUACGGAAGCCCCAAGGGGAGCAGAGCAGUGGUGGACAUCAAAGGGAAAUAUAUUUUCAUAAAAAACGAAUUGCCCAGCCCUAUUUAUUGUUCCGAAAGAUGUUUUAAAGGUUUGUGUAAGCCCAUGUGUUAGAUACAGUACCUUGUUAUAAUGCCCAUUUAUGGACACUGCACAAUACUCCCACUGGAGGGCAGUGCCAAGUUGCAGGCAUCGACAAACAAUGGCGACCAUUGAAGACGUUAUUUUAUUGUGCUUGAGCUGAUACAGACAGAAAUACAUCAUACAGAUGGAUGUAAUUCUGCACCAUCUCGCAGAGAUGCUCUUCAAAACUUUCCACCAUUUUUAAAUCCCCAUAUAGGUUCUUAAUCGUUUUCCUGACUGAUUGGACUCUUGACUCUGUAUUUCCCCCACAGUUUCCUGUCGUAUUGCUCUGUUUUGUCGUAUCUUAAGCUCUGCUGUGUCACGCACAAUGACUGUUGAAAUGAACGCAGAGUACGGACAGAAAAGGCUCCCUCCUUCUCUGUCUUUUGUGUAGAGUAUAAGUUAGUUUACUUGAUGAGAUGGAGUCUGUACAUUAAGUCUUAUUCUGCUUAUUGGCCUUCAGUAUUUUUUUUUUUGCACAGCAAAUAUUGUUUAUUUUCUUGUCUAUUUAGUAUGUAUAAUGCAGACAGUGCAGCCACUUUAUUUCCAAAAAAACAUUUACUGUUUGGGGUGAACAUUCCUCAAUUGUGCAGCACUGAUCAUUUCUGGAAUGACACCAUCUCCCCAGCACCUGUGAAACAUCAUCUAUUCAUUGUGUGUGGUAAUCGUGUAGUCCAUGCAGUCUUAGUGUAUUAUAAUUACGGUUGCAAAAUUCAAGGAAUGUUCAAAAUGGGAAGCUUUCCAUGGGAAUGAAUGUGAAUAAACUGGACAUUUUCAAAGCUGAACGUUGGGAAUUAUGUACUGUAGCAUAAUCUUGGCUAACACAAUCAGAUUUCAUGCAAAUACAGUUGAAUAUCAAUCCUAUUCCUCGAUCACAGGCACACAGACACUUCUUACUUCUGGGGUAUUGAGGCCACAUCCCCCUCCAUCACAGCUGAUUUAUACAGUGAACUAUUGAAUCCACUUCUGUGAGGAAUAUUUCACUCAACAUCGUUCAUGUUAUGUUCAACGAAAGAAUUAAGCGUUGAUUAAGUUCUGCUCACACACAAGUCAUCUUUGACAAAUGUUUUUUUUUUUUUAAUUUAUAUUUAAAUCAUCCAAAGUUUAUUAUCAUGAAUUCCCAUCAAAAGUUCCCAUGUUUCUGGAAGUUUACUGGGAGUUGUCCACCCCUCUGCAACCCUACGUACAAUGGUGUGGGGCAGGGGAUAUUACUUGAUGGAAUAGUUGAUAUUUUUGAGAGUGCACGUUGCUGCAGACAGAUUGUGACACCACUCCCAUGUCUGUACAGUAAAAUAUGAUAAUUGUUAAUUUAUCACAAA